CACACUUGAUUUCUCCUUCCCUCUCCGGCGCAUCUGGUCUAGAGCAUUGCUAAACACAGAGGAGCGGUUUCUGUUUCAUAAUAUGGAAAAUUCGGCUUGAUCCAGUCUCCACUUUCAAAGAGGCAGGUGACGAGUCCUUUCAUCCACCCUCUGAGCUGGCUGCAUGAUGCAUCUCAACAGCAGGGCACAAGAUCCGUGGAGAAAGUAGCUGCUACAUCCCAUUCCGGAGCUCGGAGGACGAAUGUGAAGAGACAGAUCCAAAAAGCUUUUGGGAUCUGCUCUGGGCGGCAGAUCUCAAAUACCAGAUCAAACAGCACCCCGCCGGUUUGUUUCCCUCCAAAUGACCCUAGGUGAAAAUCUUCUCCGAGGAUGGUGGCGGCGGUGGAUCGCUCAAGACUCUGCUGCCGGCUCUCCUAGGCUGCCUACAGCCAUUGCCCCUUUAAGGGGUAGCUUGAAACCGCGCCUGGGCUCCAUGUUUGUAUCAGAAAUCGUGAAGAGGGAACUCCAUGUUGUAACAAAGUUUCCUUCGCCACUGUCUUUUUCUUUCCCCCCCUUUUUUUGUUUUGUUUUUCCCUUUCCCCGUCUCCCCCCCGCCCCUCCCCCACCCCUUUAUUUUUCCUCCCUCCAUUUUCUUUUUUUCUUUCUUUUAAUCUGUUAACAACCUUUAACUCCUGGAAAAUUCCCCAAAGCGGCGGAGAGACAAUUGGAGGAGGGAGGAGAGAGCUCUGCACUUCUGGUCUAAUGGACAGCGGGUCCAUUAUCACCCAGGUUAGCAAGGAAGAGGUGAAUACUCCUCUGCAGGAGAAAGGUGCUCAGAACCUCUCGCCUUCCAAGAAGCCCAGGAACCGCAGCAUCUUCCAGUCCCUCUUCUGCUGCCUUUGCCAUGACAGUUCGGAGCCUCUCCCCGUCAACAACAAUGCCCCGCUGCUGGUGGAGGAAAAUGGCUCAGUGCCCAAGGCUACCGUCAAAUACCUCCUGCCGGAAAUCAAGCCUCACGAUGCCAGCAAAAUCUGUGUGGUCAUUGACCUGGAUGAGACAUUGGUGCAUAGCUCCUUUAAGCCGGUGAACAACGCAGACUUCAUAAUCCCAGUGGAGAUUGACGGGGUGAUGCACCAGGUGUAUGUGCUGAAGCGACCCCAUGUGGACGAGUUCCUCCGGCGGAUGGGUGAGCUCUUUGAGUGUGUGCUCUUCACUGCUAGUCUGGCAAAGUAUGCAGACCCUGUGGCUGACCUGCUGGAUAAGUGGGGAGCCUUCCGCACCCGCCUCUUCCGCGAGUCGUGCGUCUUCCACCGUGGGAACUACGUCAAGGACCUCAGCCGCCUGGGCCGUGACCUGACGCGUAUCAUCAUUGUGGACAAUUCACCUGCUUCUUAUGUCUUCCACCCUGAUAAUGCUGUGCCUGUGGCUUCUUGGUUUGACAACAUGGCAGACACGGAGCUUCUCGACCUGUUGCCAUUCUUUGAGAGACUCAGCAAAGUGGAUGAUGUGUAUACAGUGCUAAAGCAGCACCGGACUAGCAGCUAGUGACCACAGAGGGUCUUUGGGCAGGGGAAGAAGGGGUGUACCCCGUCUCCGCUGCUUCCUUCUGUUGAGCAGGACAACCUGCUCCUCCAGCCAAGCAUUGCAGUGCACAGGAAACCCUGCAGGGGGCGGCAGAGAGCACUCGUUCCCAUGGGGCACCAGGACAGACACCCGUGUCUGAAUGUGACCUUGAGAGGAAACCUCCUCACUGCUAUGUUUAUAUAACGGUUUCUCCCUCUUGUAUUAUGAGCUGUGAGGACCAUGACCCCAGCCCAUUUUCCCCCUCACAUCAAGUGGGACCAAAACUGAGGCCCCUUCCCCUCCAGCCAAGGGGUCAAACCAGAACCCUGACACAUUUUCCUAUCACCACCAGGUUCAGGAGGCUGCACAAGAAUGGGCCCCAGGUGCCCUCUCCAUCUCAUUGUCCUUGAUUUCCCUCUGCUCCUUUAUAGAUUUUGAGCUCUAGAUUCAGGGGUAGGGGCUUACUGACUCUCCUGCUGUACUGCUGCGGGUGGUUACUGGCAAUAUGAACAGCUGGGGAGACCCCAGGGGGAAGGUUUUUCCCAUUGGUGUUGGAGAGGAACCUAGGAAAAUAGGCAGAGCUCCUGAGAGAGCUGAAAAGGUUUGGGGAGGUACAGAAAGAGGCUAGAACUGGCAAGAGCUUUGGCUGUGUUUGUGAAAGGGAUUGAGCUUCUGCUUCAUAAAAAAAAAAGGCCUAGCUGAUGGUUUACACCUAAAGUUGGAGGGCUGUUUCUUCCCUAAACUGGACAGGCUACCUGUGUGGGCUGAGCACAAUAGGAUAUAUUGUUCCCUCAGAAACAGCAUCGCUGACAGUGUCCAGCUAUUGCAAAUACGAUAUCUGUCAUGGGAUAGAUAUGUGCUUGGAUAUGCUUUUUGCUUCUCAUUUAAAUAUUCCCUGUAGGAGGGGAAAUUUUCAUAUUUAGUAUAGAACGUCUUCCCUAAUGGAAGGGAAAAAAUCCCAAGCCUCACUUAACUUUCUCUUUGAAUGGGGUGGUAAAACAGAGGAGUAGGAGGAGGUGUUUCAGUGGGAGGCACAAUUCCCCACUUGGAGUAAAGUUAAGUGCCUAUGUCAGAUUGGCCAGUUUGACACUCUUCUAAGAGCCUUAGAAGGGAAAGAAUGGCCAAUCCAAUGGCAGGAGCCGCCCUAGUUCCCACCCACAGCCCAAUCACAGUCUGGCUUUACCCCAUCUUUUCCAUUGUCUGGAGGCAAAGCCUCAGGUUGGUUCUGUGACUGGCUGGAGCAGAGGAAGAUGGUUUAUUAUAUCAAACACUAGUUUAGGGGAGGGACCGAAGUGAGAUGGGGCCAGAGUGGCCGCUGAGCUGGUUCAGAGCAGAUGUGGAGUUGGCUGAAGGGGAAGUAUGCACUGUUGGUUAUAUACUAAAGAGGAAGGUUGCCACUUAAAACAAUCAGCUUUGGCCCAGAGCAAAUUCUUCAAGAUCCUGAGACUUAAGUGUGUGGUUGGUGGUACUGCCCUAUACUAUCCAAAUGAGGCACAUUCUGAUUUUCCUUCUUGAAGCCUUCCACAUCCUGUGCCAGCCCCUGGCUUCUCCUAGGCCCAUUCUUUGCUUUCCUUAACUCUGCCCUCCCAGUGCCUGUGACCAGAAAUAAUGGUGGAUAGGCUGGAUAGGGACAGAAGGGGGACCUUUUCCCUUGUCUCUGUAGCUUUGUCUCCUACGUUUUAGUGCCUUCAAACCCCACAGUCUCCCUACCUGGGUGGGAUCCAGGGCUUGAGAUGCUACUGUUGCCUGUGGACUAUAGUUUGAAUUAACUCCCCUUCCUGGGUUUAUGGGGGAACUUGUGCCUUUAGAAGUGGUGGACCUGCCGGUAUCAUUGAGAGAAAGUGAAUGGAUGCAGUGCCGUGUGAUGUUGGUGGAUGAGACCUGUGCUUUGUCACCAGCCCAGACAUUCCAGGUUCCAGCAGCUGUGAAGCUGAAAUCCAACUGGCCCUUCCUGCUAAUUAUGUUUCUUCCCACCUCCUCCAGGAGCUUUGAAAGCUCCUUUUAACAGGAGCGAAACUUGAGCCAGAAUGGAAUCAUCUCGGUCCUCCACCAACCACCCCUACAAGAUACGGAUUUGUCUCAGUUUCUCUCCAGUGCCACCUUGAAUUUGCCUUAAUUUUUUAAUUUUAAUUUUUUGGUGGGGGCGUUUUUGGAUACAAGAAAUCCUUGUGCCUUUUACUGUUAUUCUAGGCUAUUUGCUAAAGAAAGGGCAUGAUACAGCAGAUCUUUAGAGCCUUAUCCCAUGUCGGGAUGGGACAUUUAGGGAUAGGAGCAGACCUCGGCGGUCAAAGUGGCUCAUUUAGUGGCCUGUUGGUGUGGAGUAGAGGUCUACAUUGGACCUCACUGCCAGGGAGCAAUUGAGUGAACACAUUUGCAAACGACCACAGUACCAUGCUGAACUACCUUCAUAAUGGAUCAAGACCAGUUGAAGUACCUCAUUGCUGCCAGAGUGGCCUCACCAGGUGAGUCCAUUUAGCCCAUUACUCUGCCUUUUAUUGGAGGUAACAAUACAGUUUUUAGCUAAGUCUAGACACUUGCUGAGCAUGAGGUUACAUUCUCUGGAUCUGUCCUUCAGAAAUGUGUAUGUUUGGUUUAAAAUUAAGUUAAACUGGUGUCAUCUCUCAGCAAUGGGUUCUGCUUCUGCAGAUCUCUGAUGUAGUGGGUGAAUACAUUUCUGGUUGGCUUUUGGGGAUUUCUUUUAAAAACUUCUUAAAUGUUCCUGGCCUUUAAAGAAUUUGCCAGAGAAACCACAACCACAAUGUGGCCCUUCCCUUGCCCUACACAUCCCAAUCCUACUUGAGCUAAGAGGUGAGACAGAAGUAGUUUUAGUACUCUACGGAAGUCCCCCCAACGGAAUCUCUUAACCCAAGGGGGGAAAGUUCUUAAAGUGGUUCAUGUAUGAAAAAGGUGACUCCCUGUCCCAAAAUGCGUCACAGUCUAAAAAGAGACACAUGGGAGGCACCAGCACCAGCCGCUGGAGGGACUCUGUGCUAGGCUGAACAGUGACAAUUGCAUCUCCCUUCUAAACAUAAGAGCCAUCACUUUGAAAGGUGCCUCUCUGCCCAGUUAGGAAGUAUUUUUAAUCACCAGUUGCCUUUUCUUCACUGGCCUCUGUUCAUCCAGUGUUCUCCACUGGCGGACAUUGUAUUCUCUGAACUGCAUCUAAUUCGAUCUAGUUUCCCCACCUCCACUGCCCUAAUCUAAGGGUGUAGUGCCAUAAUUGCAGUGCAAGGGAAAUGCUUGGUUCUUUGCACAUAAUGUUCAGCCAUUGCUCCGUUCUGGCAGUCCUCCACUCAUGGCCCACCAGCCCCCGCAGAUAAGCUGCUCUGUUUCUGAGGUUCAUCCAGACAAGCCCUCUGUGUGGGAGCUGCCCCUCCCCACAUUCAGGGAGACGGGAUUUUUGCUUGUUUGAUGGGAAGUGGGAAGAAGAAUUCUAACCGGGCACAUUUUAGAUUAUAUAAAUAUGUAUAAUGUGUAUAUAUUUUAGGAAAAACAGGAAAAAUGCAGGGCGGAGGGUGGGAACCAUGGGAGGAUUUUUAUAGCUGUAUUUUUAACAAAUGUUCCUGGGAGAUGGUAAUUAUUUUUUGUGUGAUUGGUUGUCAUUAUUCCUGGUGUACAAGGAAAUGUGGUGGGAGUGAUUUGCCCAUGAAUUGACAUCUCCACCAGGCAACAUGCUCCCUUUCUCCAAAUGCUUGCUGCUUUCGCCACCUUUACCUCCCCACCACCACCUACCCAGGAUAUCCACGGGGCAAAGGCAUGAAAUGUCCCAUGUAGUAUUCCAUAACCUCAGUGUUACCCGUUUAGUUUGCCAAAGGUUAAAAGAGCACAUAGAUUCAACUCUUUUAAACCCUUGGGCCACUUUCAGUUUGUUUUUUUUCCUGAUCUGCAUCAGAUCUGGAAUGCAAUGUUCGAUCCUGGGAAACGAAUGGGAUGGGGCCGUAGCUCAGUGGCCGAGCAUCUGCUUGGCCUGAAUGAAGAAGGCCCCAGGUUUCCUCCCUGGCAUCUCCAGGUAGGGCUGGGAGAGACUCCUGUCUGAAAACUUGGAGGGCCGCUGCCAGUAGACAAUACGGAGAUAGAUGGACCAGUGGUCUGACUUGGCAUAAGGCAGCUUCCUAUGUCCCUAUGAAGAAAUUCCUUCACAUCUUUUCUUUUUUCUUCCAUCAACUUGCCUUCCUCUCCCUGCCUCCACCUAUUUUUAAUUUUUUUUGUAAUCUCAGCAGGGGUUGGGUACAGAUUCAGUGCCAGUAACCAAGUUUGAAUUCUCUGUUCAACACAGUAUUUGAAAGCUCAGCACUUUAGGGGGGCGGUGGGCAGGGGGGGAACAUGAUGCUCUGAGUGCCAACUGAAAGCUGCAAAGCACCACAAGUUGUCCACAAGACACGUCAAUGCAACCAUUUUGACACUGCCCCCUUGUGUUUCCUGGGCUAGCAGAGGAACGUCCAAACUAGAUUCUCUUGUCUAACAUCUCCUUUGGUGAGUAGAGUGUUUGCCUUUUCAAGUUAUUCCGCCAUGCCUUGUCUCCCCAAGCGAUUGCAUUUGGAGAAGGAGCUGUUCCCCGCCUACAUCUGUUCAGACUCUCACUGCAUAUCUGUUGACUACAAGCUGAUCUUUAACAAUGGAAGAGUGAGAAAUUGCAGAUCAAAGUGCCUUCUCGUGUGAUUCAAACUAAAAUAAUCUUUAAAGAAAAACAGUUGCGAACCCA